UUUUGGACCGAUCAUAUAUAUUAUUGAGGAUAAUAUAGUAAUUAUAUAUGUUAUAAUAAUUUUUUUAAAUGAUAUGUGAUUGUUAGGAGUUGACACAUGUAGAACAGAAAUGGAUAAUCAAAAAGUUAUGGUCACUGGUAAUUUUAUUUUGGAAAAUUUAUUGAAAACUCUCAAAAAAAAAACCGGUAAAAAGGCAGAAAUUUUGAUGAUGAAUGAGAAAGCUGAUAUGGUUCACAAAGAAAAUGAUGACCAUGAAGUUGUUCAGAAUGAAGAUGAUGACUAUGAUGUUGUUCAGAAAGAAAAUGAUGAACAAGAGACAUUUACAGAGAAGAAUGAAGAAGGUGAUAUAGUCCAAGAAAAAGACAAAAAUCCUGAAGUAGAAGAAAACAUUGAUACACCUGAAGCAAGUACAACAAAAGUCGAAAUUCAUAUCGCAUUUCUAUAUGAGAAGUACGAGGAAGACAUCGGAAAAGUUAUUUCUAAAUUCGAAGGGGUCAAAACAUGUGUGGUCGACAUAGAAAACCAAAAAAUUGUAAUAACUGGCGACUUUGAUGAAGAGAAAUUAUUGGAAAAACUUAAGAAAAAGAUGUGUAAAAGGAUAAACAAAGUGGAAAAGAAAAGAAAGGAGGAAGAAGCCAAAAUAGUUAUAGAGAAGGAUGAAGAAAUUGAAAUGGAUAGAGGUGUUUAUAUGUACCCAAAUAGUGAUGAUGAGAAAGAGGUGGCCAAAUAUAUGAUGUUUAGUGAUGAAAAUCCUAAUGCAUGUUCGAUUUCGUAACUGAACAUCGUCGAAACUAGUAUCCACCAUAGAAAACUUGGCAUGGUAAUGGACUUUAUCUAUUUGGGGAUAUUUUGAUAUUUUCAUCACCUUGAUAUUAUA